AACAAUGUUCCUACUCCAAAGGUUCAUUCUUCAACGUUAGGAUUGUUCUUCCUCAAAUGAGCCAGUCCGUCUUUGAAGACCGGGUUAUGGAAAGCGGCAUUAGUGGAUUUACAAAGACGUCGCCUAUGAUCAAAGACAUUGUUGAGAAGUUAUAUAUAAACUAGCCCGCGCCCUCCAAUUCCGUAUGCGUGUAAUUUCUAGUCGUCGAAUAAAAGCACUAAUCAGUCGUCUCGUUUCUCCCUACGUUAGCAUAGCGUAUGUAUCUGGUUUACUGACAACUAACUACGACGGCGAUCGAAACUAUAACUACUUCCCGCAGUGAGUACCUAACCUAAUCCCACGCCAGUCGAGUGAGAGCCAUGCCUUCUAAUACGGAUAGAUUUUCCUUGGACCUGAUCCGCUGCUGUAUGCCUUGCCUACUACGGCCGGAGAUGUCUCGUCCAACCACUCCGACGGACCCCACGUACCUUCGCAACCGGUACAAUGCCCAGGUAAGAGAGAACUUAAACUUAGACCAUGGUCAGCGCCCGCUUCCGCUUCACCUCCCAGCUACACUCGAGAACGAACAAACCAACAUCCCGCUCCAGUCCACCCACCCCGCCCCCGCUCCAACACAACCACAGCUCCCCCGCCCUCCUCUCCCAACACACGCACGCCCUCGUCCCGGCUUACUACGCCAACGCUUCCCCACCACCGCCAACGGCGAGGACCCCCGCGCGAGCUGGAGCACGUCUCCCCUCGACGCGGCGGAGCUAGCGCAGGUCUUCAGCACCAUCGCCGCGGCGCUCGAACACGUGCCGUACGCGAUCUGCGGGCUGGGCGCGCUCGCGGACCACGGGUUUGCGGCGCGCCGCGUCGCGCGCGUGAGUAUCCUGUGCUCGGCGCACGCCAAGGAUAACGUGCGCGCGUGGCUCGCGGCUAGCGGGUACGAUGUGUUUGCGGACUCGGUGGGGGUGCCGGUUAAAGGUAAUGGGAACAGGGGAGGGGGUGCGGGGAGGAAGGUGUGUCGCGUGCGCAUCAAGUACCUCGACGAGGGGUUCGAGAGGCUUGAGAAGGUGCGGUCUAGGGUGAGCGGUGCGUGGGUGCUGGGGUUGGCUAGUCAGUUGGAUCAUGCGGCGGCGGGGUAUGUGGAUUAUCUGAGGAGGAGGGAGAGCAGGAGGAGGGAGGAGGGGAAGGGGAAGGAGAAGGAGAAGGAAGAUGAUGGGAGUAGUGAUGAUAAUAAUGAUGAUGGUGAUGAUGAUGAUGAUGCGAGGAAGGAGGAUCUGGCGCUGGAGACGAUUGCUGGUGAUAUCUUUUGGAUGUUAGAUAAGGCGGCGCGUACGAAUCAUGUUUUGGAUCCGAGAUUACUAUCUACGUUACUUGGCCAGGAUUUUUGGAUCCCGUUUACAGAUCGCUAUGUCAAUGCCAGGCCUGAGAUGGCGCGCGCAGGCAUCGACGUAGCGGCUGUGCUGGCGACCCAUCGCGCGGAGCAGGCUGUUAAGGAACACGACGACAUGCUACGGUCCUACGGCGUAGAUCCCCAAUUCGAAUUGGUAGGUAUUACCGAAGACGGCGUAGUAACGCAACAACCGCGUGUGUUCGAAGGUAUGCACACCCUACAGGGCAACGCCCAGCCUACCUCUCUUCCGGAGAAGAAGAAAAAGCAGGUUAAGUUCCUAGACGGACUACGGCGAAGCUCGAGUAAGUCCAACGGCGAGGGCUCGUCGAUAAAGGAAAGUAUUUCCCGCAGGAUCGGCUUGGCGCGCAGACAUACUUCGAAGUCUACGUCGGGUGAUGUACCAGAAGACGCGUUGCGGCCGAAGAGACUUAGCGAGAUCGCGAGGUCCUUUUCGACGAGUGGGAUAUGAAUGGGUGAGUAAAGUACCGAUGUAUGUACUGCAUACACCGUUGAAUUGGGUUUCCUUCGUGGACUACGUGUUAGUCGGGUAGGUGAGUAAGAAAAUGUACCUCUAGUAAGGUAUACAAGAGGUAUCGUACUUGGGCUCUGAGCUUUGAUUUCUCCGUUGCGUACGCCUAGGUUAGGCAGUUUAUUUGGAUAGGAAUAAUAUUGGAUUCUCAACUUUCUCUAUCUUUAGUUCAUGAAGAACUAAUCUCUAGUAGAUCGUGCGUGAUGAUGUUCGAAUUGAACCAUCAUGGCAAAGGGGGAAGAAUACGCAUCAGGCGAGUGACUGUAUACGUCCCCCGGGAUAUAAGUCCGCAUA